AAUAACGAUGAAUGAACAAGAACAAAUUUGAACAAAAACUGUGUAAGUGACUUAGAGUCAUGAAAAAAGAAUUCAUUGCCGAGCUGGUGUCUGUGGUAGGAGCUGAGAGAACAGAUGUAAAAGCUGAAAGAACAGCAGUAAAAUCUGAGAGAACAGCUGUAAAAGCUGAGAGAACAGCUGUAAAAGCUGAGAGAACAGCUGUAAAAGCUGAGAGAACAGCUGUAAAUGAAGUUCCUACAAAAAGUGAAAUCAAACUAAAGACUGAAGCUGACUGGGGUGACUUAUCACAAUGCUUUGUCAGACUAAAAACUACAAAGGAAAUCAAAAUACCAACGAAAAUAGAAGAUGAGGGUCCAAAUAUUUUUAAAAGCGUCAGUUCAAAAUGUAUAUUGAACUUGACUCCAGUUGUCAAGCUUAAUAGAAAUCAAGAGAUAGAACUUGCUGUUCAAGAAGGGAAAAAUCAGUUAAUGAGAAAAUGUGUCCAGUCAGUUAUAUCGGAUAUGAAGUCAGAAGUUGAUCAAUUGACAGUCCCUGUUGUACUGGGUGAAAUGCGUGAAAUUCAUGAAUGCAUGAAGGAGUUGAUGGAAGUAAACGAUGAAGAUCACUGUGAAGACAAUGCGGAGCCCUUUGAUAAUGACGAUGAGCAAAGUACCUCUUCCGAGACAAACAGUAAUGGCAGGGAUUUUGAUGAAGAGAACCAACUAAAAUAUUCAAGUUGUACUUUUUUUGUUUGUGAUAAAUGCAAUCAAUGUUACAGGAGUAGAACCCUGUUGAAAACUCACUCCUGUCCUUAUACAAGCACCAAACAUUGCAAUAAUUGCUUCAGGACAUUUUCAGACGAAAAUUUCAAAACUCAUGUUUGCAAAGUGCAGGAAGGGAUGUUUAGAUGCAUUCACUGCCGUGAGUGUUUUAAAACUAAAAACCUUUUAACAAUUCAUGAAAAAUAUAACUGUUCUCAUGAAACUUAUACUUUUAAAUGCUCAGAUUGCGGAGAAAGGUUUCGUCUGAAAAGAUAUUUGGAGACACACAUUCGGAAGCACAAAGAUUUGCUAAACUUCCAUUGUGCAGUUUGUAAAAGAGCUUUCUGUCAAAAAUCCCACUUGGAAGUGCACAUGGCGUCACAUUCAGAAGAACGCCCCUACAAGUGUGACCAAUGUGACAACAAGACAUUCAAGAGACUGAAAUCUCUGGAACAUCACAAGCAAACUCACUCUGGUGUGAAAAGUUUUCAGUGCCAAGAUUGUGGCAAGUAUUUUUUCUCGUUGUUUCAUUUAAAGCAUCACAGAAAUAGCACACACGAGCGACAACAUGUUUCAUGUGGUCUUUGCAACAAAAAAUUUGCUCGUAAUUAUAAUCUGAAGCUGCAUAUGAGAUCUCACACAAAUGAAAAGCCGUUUGUUUGUCAUUGUGGAAAAGCGUUUGCUCAAAAUAGUUCGUUAACCUUGCAUAAACGUGUUCAUGAUGAUGUCAAACCUUACAAGUGUGAGAAAUGUAAGGCCAAAUUCAAACACUCCUCUUCUUUAGUGAUGCAUAUACGAUGUGUUCACACCAACGAAAAACCCUAUAAAUGUGAGAAGUGUAGCAAGACCUUUAGUCAAAAUAGCAACUAUCGCACACAUAUGAGAAUGCAUGCGAAAGAAUAUGUAAACUGUGGUAUGUGUGGAAGUAUGUACACCACCAAAGGAAAUUUGAAAUUACACAUGAAAAAUAUGCACAAUGAUCGUCUCUUUAAAUGUGGGGUUUGUAAGAAAUUGAUUAAGUCUAAGUAUGAGUUUCAAAACCACACCAAGAUUCACAUUAAAGGAAAUGAUUUGUAAUUUUUUUUAGUUUUCCACAUCAA